AGUAUGAUUUUUUGUUAAAAUCAGACGACAUGAAGUCUGGAAGAAAAAAGUUUUAGUUUCAAAAAUGUGUUUUUUUUUCUUUGUCGUUACACAGUGCUAUGACGUAACGUUAUGUUGAUUUACAGCUAGUUCCUAGUUCAGGCCACAGUGGUGACAAAACGAAAACAAGGAAAUAACUUAUACUAGACCCGUGUCAGACUACGGCGAAGAUGGCGCUUCGGGCAGUUGGGAGUCGUUUGUUGCACUUUCAGAAGAACAGUUUCAAGACUGUCUCCAUCCAAACACUUGUCAGAUUCAAAAAAACCUGUCCAGUUGAAGUGAGCCGGCUGGAUCAUUUGGUUCUGACGGUGAAAAGUGUGCCAGACACCAUCAACUUUUACACCUCAGUUCUUGGCAUGGAGGUCAUCACUUUCAAGGGAAACCGUAAGGCUCUGGGUUUUGGGCAGCAGAAAUUUAACCUUCACCAGCUGGGUCAGGAGUUUGAGCCCAAAGCCAAGCAUCCAACCCCAGGCUCUGCAGACCUGUGCCUCAUCACCAAAACCUCCUUGGCUACAGUAGCUGCACAUCUGCAGGUCUGUGGGGUCGAGAUAGAGGAGGGUCCAGUGAAGAGGACUGGAGCUGUGGGGACCAUCACCUCUCUGUACUUCAGAGAUCCAGACCACAAUCUCAUUGAAGUGUCUAACUACAACCAGUCAACAUUAGAGGGAUCUUCUUGAGAUUUUCUUUUCUGUGUUCGUGGGGCUGCAUGAGUAUGGCCAAAAUGAUAAUCAUGAUUAUUUUGAUCAAUAUUGUGAUCGCGAUUAAUUAUCACGAUUUGUUGAUUUCAACCAAAACAAAUUUUAUUGUCACAUAGGCUAUUUAUAACUCCUUUCACAUUCAUAUUAUGCUACAUUCUUCUUAUGUUGAAGUUGUAUAGA